CCGGAAAGCUUCGUGCGUAUACUCAAACUGGUUUCGCGGCGCGCGGCGCCCUUUCAUUUCAGUUCGAAACCCGACGGCGAACGGUUUAUACCUAAAAUAAUAAUAAUAAUAACAAUAACAACAAUAAUAAUAAUAGUUAUAAUUAAAAUAAUAAUAAUAAAUACACAACAAUAUUGCUAACAUUCGUAUUUAACACUUACACGCGUCGAAAACCGAGACGAGACCGGCACAGUAGUCCGCGACUUUUCGAGCACAUCGGCACACCGUCUUACACACCGCGCGCCCGUAAAAAAUAAACGUCGCGAUAUUUUUUAACGUCAAUUCAAUUUUCUCGAACACUAUUGUUAAUGUUUAUUAUGUGAAUAACCGCCGUCGAUCAGUUUCGCCGUAUAUUUUACAUCGUAUGUUUUCGUCGGUUUUUCCUCCCCUCCCGUUAUUACACACAUUUUCACCUAUACAUCUUUAGCCGGUUCCUGCAGUAAGUUUUGGUUCCGGUUUUCCGCGUGAUAAUAUAUCUAACUUCGCAACAACAAAAAAAAAAAAAAAAAACAAUGCGCGCAUCUCUGGGACCCGGAAAACACAUUUGAAACGUCGUUUCUGCAACAGUCGGCGGUCCGAAUUUCUAAAACGAAAGAAAACCAUACGUGCGAAAAACCGUAUACGGAUAGAAUACGACUGAUACAAUCAGCUAAUAUCGUCAUCCGUGUAUAUAUUUACCUACUCUCAACACACGACCGUCUAUACUGUGAGUAAUAAAAAUAUAAGUUAACUAUGUUUUUGUUUUUGUUUUUUUUUAUAACUCAAGGGGUCGGUGGAUAUAUAGGUUAAAAUCGUUCAGGAGGAGGGUUAUAAAAGAAAAAUCAUGCGUGAAUGCAUUGGAAAUUUGUUUGUGUUUGAACUGAACCCGCCGCACAUUUCUACUGCGAAGUGCAUAUACGUAUACGUACUCACCACAGCUCGUUUUCUACAAUAUUAUACCUUUACGUCCUAUAAUAAUAUUGCUAUGAAUUAUGAUUGUGUUAGGGGUUACGUAAAUUCCGAAGAAAAUUUAAUACAAGUACAAUCAUAAUACAAUUGUUAAACAAUGUAACGAAGGCAAUACCCGUGGUGAGAGUGACGAAAUAACGUCACGAAUAACGUAUAUAGGUAUACACCUAUGAUACAAGCAGUACCGGAACAAGGAAUUUUUACAUCCGGGGAUAAAACGCCCAAUGCGGUGAUCCCCGCACCCCCUGGCCCCUUCACUCUCCAAUAUUUAUAAAAUGCAAAUCUACAUAUUUCCACCUUCGUCCUCUAAGAUAAUGAACAGUUAAACUAAAUAAUUAUCUAUAUAUCGCUUAUAAAAAAUAAACACAUGAAUAUUUCACUCACGGAGAUAAAUCCUCACCUCUCCCUCUCUAAUUCCGACCCUGUCUAUAAGUAUUAAAUUUCUAAAACAAAAAAAGAAAAUUCAAAAAAUGUAAUUUUUGUGGCAAUAAUCCAUAUAAUAAUAUAAAGUUUUUAAGUUUCGUCUUGGUCUAUAUUAUAAUAUACCAGGCGUGCCCAACCCGAGACCCGCAGCCGGAUCCGGCCCACGAAAGUAUUUCAACCAGCCCGUAAUUAUUUUAUAAAAAUUAGAAAUUUUUAUACAUAGGUAUAAAAAAAAUAAAAAUUAUAAUUUUAAAAAAUGUUAUUGUAAUAAGCUUCUAAGAAUUACAAAAUAUUUAUACAAAAUAACUAUAAUAUUUAAUAUAAUAAAAUGUAUUAGUUUUUAGAAUAUUAAUUGAAAUAAAUUAGUGUGAAAUUUUCGUCUUGUUUUUCUGUAACCAAUUUUUCAAUAUUCGCAGUGAAAUGUGUAACGCAAAAUCUUUAAAAAAAGUGCAAGUGUUCAUUUGUUAAACGAGAUCUUUCUAAACAUUUUGCAUAAUUCAUGCGGUAAAAUUCGAAAAUAUAAGUAGAACCAAAUAAUUUAAAUAUACACAUUGACAAUUCUUUUAUUUUUGGAAAAUCAUCGGAAAGGGUCUUAUAAAAAUGUAUUAAAUUUGUGUUAUUAUCUUAAUUAAAAUUUAAUUAAUUAUUUUUUGCAAACAAGAAAUGCGAACCUGCAGUUUCCAAUGCCGAAAACAAACUAGCAGCUAGCGUAGAAUUAUUCAGUACUUCAAACACAGUCAAUUCAAGUCAUAAAUUUGAUAAGUAAUUAGUGAACAAAGAAAAGAUAAUAUUUUAUCUAUUAAACAUUUUACCGAAAUUAUCAUAAAAAAAACCUGAAAUAAAUACGGCCCUCUGUAUAAAUAUAAAUUUCGAAUGUGGCCCGCAAGUUGAAAAUGGUUGUAUAUAAUAGCUGUCCCGCCCGGCGUUGUCCCUAUUAAAAGACAUAAUAGACAAAUAAAUUAUCAACCGUAUUACCAAUAAGGUAACCCAUAAAUCAACAGAAAUAAUUAGGUUUUCUUAGCAAAAACACCAAUAAACCUGUGUCAGCCUCAUUUAAGCGUUAAAUAAAAAAGUAGCCUAUAUGUUAUUCUUGGUCUCGAACUAUAUUUAUAAAAAGUCUUAGCUCAGUCCGUUUAGUAGUUUUAGGGUGAAGAUGUAAUAAACAUCCAUCCAAACAAACUUUCGAGUUUAUAUAAUAUUAAUAGCAUUAAUAUAUUACGUUCCGGUCCUAUAAUUAGUUUUUAAAAAACAAAAACUACCUAAACGGUUCAUUAUACAAUCACAAUAUUGCUCGGGCGUGAUGAAAAUAAAACUUUACCGUCGUCGCGUGUAGAAUAUUUCGUCGCCGACGUUCACGAUAGGAAUAGGUAUAUAGGUAUAUAAAGAAUAAAAUGAUGAGUGACGACCGUGUACAUAAAAAAACAACAAAUUUAAUUGUUCAUUGAAUAGGUAUAAUAGACAACGAACCUUAAUAAAGGUACCGAAAAAAAUGUAACGAUUUCCGUAUUAAAAGUCCAUAACACAAGUGACGUGGGCCCUUACAAUUAUUCAGGAGAGGAAUUACGGGAUGAAAAAAAGAAAGCAUAAAAACUUACGUCCUGUUCCGGGAUACCCGUUUGUCGAAUUUGAGCCUUUUCGACGUUAUCAAUAGUUUUCCACAAUUGUAAUUGUAACGCGUAUAUUUGAAUAUGUUUGAACAUAUUUCGAACAACAUACACACAAAACAGUUCGUAUUUAUGUUAAAUAUUAGUUAGAUUAUUAAUAAUAUCUAAAAAUACACGACGUAUUUCAGUAUUACACGUAUAUAUAGGUAUAUAUUUUAAUAUUGCGCGGUUUCUAUAUAUUUUCAUAGAAUGGCCUACCUAUUAGUAAUUAUUAUUCUAAAUUUAAAAUUAUAUAAUAUAGAUUAUAUUAUUAUACACUCGACUAAUCAAAAACUAUAAAAUAUAAUUAUAUUUGGCCGGUGCGAUUCGUUUAUUUUUUUUUCCAAUAAUACCUUUGUCCAAAAUGAAUACAAAAAAACGAGCCGAUUGUGUGUGUUUGUGUAUAAUAUGAUGGAUUGAAUUAUACAAUCAGUCCGUUCAACUCGCGGGUUUAUAUGGAAUUAUGCAUUUAAGAAAACAAAAAAAAAAAAAAAAAAAAAUGAUAUUAACUCGUCACGUAGAUUCGGUAUAAAAUUAUAAAUGUAAAUGCUCGAACGAUUUUCAUAAUAAUUUACUAUUCAAUGUUUAUACUAAUUGUUAAAACUAAAACGCGGAUGGAUAGGUACCUAUGCUAUAAUUUAUAGUGCUGAUUAAAUCGCGUACAUCGAGUAUAUUAAGACAUCGAAUUCAUUAGACAAUUUUAAAAAAACGAAGCUGCCUGUAGAUUAGUUAAUCAUUCAAAUUAAAAAUAUUUAUGUUUAUAAUCAUAAUUAAUAUACUUUUUUAUUACUUGUAUAAAUACCCAACGUGUAUAUUUAAUGAUCAAUGAAAUAAUACAGUAGAAUAGUGUUAUACUCGAAUGUAAAUGUAAUAAAAAAAAAAAAAAUAGCAAUAAAAAAAACGGACAUUAAACUCAUUAAAUGACAGUGUCAUUUAUAUAGGUAAUAGGAACCUAAAAUAUCUAUUUAUUACAUUAUUUUAUGUAUAUAUAUAUAUGAGCGUCCUCAAGAACGAAUCCAUCUCUCAUGUUUUGGAAUUUGAAUCCUAGAAUUCAGAAAAGAUCGUUAAAAAUCACAAUUUUCGUUUAAAAAUAUAAAUCAAUAAUACGGUUUAAAUAUUUCAUACAGUUUAUAAUGGUUUAUUAUCGUUUUCAAUAAAAAAAAAAUAUUAUAAUAGUAAAUGCUUUUGGUUUUCCAUUAGAAAGUACGGUUCUCUCAUCUUAUAUGAAUUUUCCCCGUGGGAGAGAUCAAAAACCUUCAAAAACGAAAAAGUAAUUUUUCGUACGUUCAAAAAUAUCGUAUUUUUUUACUCACCGCGACUUGUACUCGAACGGAAGUAUAUGAUCGCUGCAAUUUAAAUAUUAUAAGUAGAUGGAAAUCAAACGAAAUCAAAUGCCAAUUUUUUUUUUUUUUUUUACAAUAAUGAACAUAGUGUAUAGAGCACGUGAGUUACAUUGAAAUAGUGAUUCAAUGGCAUUUAUAAUAUUUGAACUGUAUUUGAAUACAUACAUACAUUAUUAUAAUUUGAACGUUAAUAUGGUAGUACCUAAUAAUGUUUAAGAGUGGAUAAUUAUACUUGUAUGAAACUGUUUUUUUUUUUUUUUCUUUUUUACCUUUUAUAUUUUUGUUAAAUGAUUAUUUUUUUUGUCAUAUAUUGUUUUUCCAUGGAUUUAAUUUGGACGUUUAUAUUGAUGUUUGAAAAUACGAUAUUAAUUUUGUUCAAGCAUUAUUAUGUACGUUCACGCAGAAAAAUGAAAAUUGAAAAUUGAAAAAAAAAUUACUAUUAUAUUCAAAUAGAACAUUCGAAAAAAAGUAUUAUCUGUUCAAAUAUUAUUAAUUAUAUUAUAUUUCAGUAAAGUAUUUUCAACUUGUUUUAAACUUUUAAAAAGGCCCACUUAUUGUGACCACUAAAAUUUUAGUAUAUACUCGUAGAUAUAUAAUAAUAUAUGAAUAAUAGUAGUUUAACAAUUUGUAAUAAUUUGGUGAGGAUCUUCAUUUAUUUCAAAAUUAGUGUAGUAAUUCAAAAAAAUAUCGAUUUACGAAAGUACGCUGGGGAAUAAAUACUAAGUUUUCGGGAUAAAAUUCUAUAAUUUUUAACGUUUUUUUUUUAUUAUUAUUAAAUUUGUGUCCAAUAUAAUAUUUUCAUUUUUUGGUCUUGAAUGCAUAAGUGUAUGUAUAAUAUGAAUGUACACAUAUAUAAACAUAUGUUAUACCUACUGAAAAUUAAAAUAUCUCCAAUCAUUAUCUUGACAUUUUCGACGAUAAUUUUAUGACUAAAUACUUUUUAGCUAUGUUUAGUUAUUUAGCAAUAAUUAUGCCUUUAUAUUAUUUACUUGUAACAGUUUUUAAAAUGUAAUUCACUCGUAUUGAAAACUAUAUACGAAAUUGGUUUCAGCCCUUCCUCCCCAAAAAUCGUAAAAAAGAUCUUCCCAAAGAAUUAUUUUUUAAAACACAUAAUAAAUAUUCAAAAUCUGCUUUUUUUUUUAAUCUAAUAUAUCUUUGAUGUCUACAAUCUAUGGGCUACAAUACAUAUAUAGAUUGAUAAUAAUGAUUGAUUUGCGUACAAUCUAAAUUAAAGAGCUGAUACUGGGGAUGAGAGCAGCCACUGUUGUAGGUCAGAAGUAAGGAAGAUAGGAUUGAUAAGGUUAUUUCAUUUAAAUCUGUAAGUAACGAUAAACCAUUUCUGACAAAAGACGAUUCUGAGCGCAGUUCGGUAAUACAUAAUUUGAAGUGUCGUAAUUUUUUUUGCGAUUUUCGUUUAAAUUUGAUUACGAAAUGUGAGCAUUUUGUUAAUUUUUUUAAAUCACUACAAAUAUUUUUAACUGAAUUACAACAUCUUCGUCUUCUUCUGGUUUUUCAUUAUGAAAUCAAUUUGUACGUUUUUCCUACGUUAUUUCCCGAUUAUUAUAAAAACUGAUUUAAAAAUCAAAAAAACGAACUGCACCCUUAAAAAUAAGAUUAAUAAUUCAACAAAAAAGGUCUUUUGUCGUUUUUCAAUUGGCGCCAUAUUUGUGCUAGAAAACGUGGUAGGUACUUAUUUAAAAUAACGAAAUUGUGAAAAAAUCGUAUCUUUUCCCCGGUUAAUUGUUUUUAUUUUAAAUACCGUUUCGAAAAUUAAAAAAUGACCUAUGUAUUUACCAAGUAAAUCAAAUUGAAAUUCAGAAAAGAUGCUACAAUUAUACAUCGGAGCAAGUUUUAUAGGCUAAAAGUUGUCUACAGUAUAAAAACAAAAUAGUACUAUUGUACAAAAAUUAAAAAAAGGAAAAAAAAUCGUCCGAUGAUUUUGGAAAUUUCACCACGUCUAGGCAAGUCCAAUAUAAGUAUUAAUAACAUGUUUCAAGUCUCUACGUGUAUUUAUAACCGAAUUGAAACAAAAUGCUCCCAAAAAUUAAAAUUCCUUAAAAGCUCAAAAGUGGCUUAAACGUUUUGGCGAUAAUACCGUAAGAAAGUAAAUCAAAAAACCAACAAAAAAGGUAUCUUGUGAUUUUUUUAUUAAAUCAUUUUUUUGGGUAGAAAACGUCGUCCGUGUUUUUAUAACAUAAUGAAAUUGUGAAAUUGUACGCUUUCCUACGUUUAUUCCCACUUAAGUGCUUUUAUUUAAAAAAUUAUGUCAACAAUUUAAAAAAGACAUCUUUUAAGUACAACUUAGACAGCUUGUGCUUUCAGAAAAAGUGUUACACUUAUACAUCGGAGCAAGCUUACUAGAGAAAAUGUGUCCACAGACCAGAAAAAGAAAAAGAUAGAAAAAAAAUAAACAUCUAAGUAAAACCAAUAGCUACUCUCCCUCACUACUCUCGGAAUCUAAAAUUGACUGGCAACCAACAAAUAUAAAUAACAGUCAUAUUAAUUAUAUUAUAACGACUAUUAUGGCUCGUAUAGCUAUUAAAUAAACGACAAUUUAGUAGUUCAAGCGUUUAAAAAUAUCAUCCGCUUGUCGUUUUAUUAGGAGGUAUAUUGUGUGUAUGGAUUUGACACCGCCUACAGUAAACUAGUAUGGUAGGUACUCAUACAGUAUUAAACUACGCCACCCUAUCAUAAUACAACAUUAUAAUUUAAAUCGUACAAAUUAUACGCCGGGAUACAGUUUGCUUAAUAGAUUCACUUACCAAAGGACCUCGUGAACCAGUUAAUCUAAAAACGUACACGCACAAUUAUUAUUAUUAACAAUCUAAUAAUCUACCGACAUUGUAUUAUACGUGUAUAAUGUACCUACCCGCACUCGUCGUUAAACUAUAUACUAUAGUUUAAAAAGCGCAAUCUAUUUUGUUUUUUUGAUUUCAGUAAGUACCAUCAAAUCUCCGAAGUUUCGAUGGGUUAGGGGAGGGGGCGAAUUUCAAAUGCACGGAGGGUCACGGCCGCAUAGACACCAGGUUUUUAAAAAUGUAACGGGUGCCCUAUAUAAUAGGUGCCAUGGAUUUCAAAAUCCUUUUCUACCACCAAGAAAGAAAUGUCUAUAUUUCACUUAGAAAUAAAUGUAUAGCUACACAUUGUUAAUUUUAUUACGAAAUUACUACUAAAUCAUAAACAACGUUUAGUAGCACAGAAAAAACCGAACAUUUGAAAAUAUAUGAUAUAAUUAUCAUUUACAAUAACUAUCGUAUCUACAACCACAGAAUAGAUAACAACCGUAAUAAUAAUGUAAUAACUGAUAACUACAGUUAAUCUGCAAUUUACGUUUUAUUUUUUUGAAGUUUAUAGGUGUCAAAUUUUUCAAAAAGUUAAGAAUUUUACAUUUAGUUAAUUUAUUUUAUAUUCAUAUUCUAAAUCUUAUUAACAUUUAACGAGUGUUUCGUUCCCUAAAAAUUUUAGGUACGACGAAUGCCUAACCAACCGUCACCCGUGUAAAUGGCACUUAUAGUUAUGAUGGUGGGAUUCCAUUCCUCUCAUUGUAUCCUAGUUGGAAAUGUAUCACUCUAAUAAAGUCGCAAAAACCCCAAGAACGAGAGGCGAUUAACUGACCGUCCCCCUUCCACGAUGAUUACCAUCGAUGUACAUUGAGUGAAAUUAUUUAAUCGGAUCAAAUAUGACAAAAAAUAAGAGAAAUAAAUUACCUGUAUGUAUCCAUAAAAAUACUAUACAAUAAGUACACUUGAUGCACUGAUGCGUACAGUUUUGUACAGUUUUCAAUUAAAAAUAUAAUCCUCACUACGCUUAGACUCUAAAUAUAAAAAAAAAAUACAUGUGUAUAAUGUCUAAAACAAAUUGAUUUUAAAUACAUCAUGUUAAAAUAGAUUCAAUUUAAUUAAACUUUUUUUUCCUAAUGUAAUGUCAUAAUCUGUAUAAAAUUCGUGGAAAAAUCAAUUAUUGCAGUAAAAAAAUUCAAGUCCCAUAACCAAAGAUAUGCUAUUGUUCUUGUAAAACCCUACUUCUCCAGAAAAUUUUCGAAAAGUUUGCCCUUAUUUACAUUUUUAUAUUCAUAUAUAGCUUGUACCAGAACCGCAGAGUAUGAAAAAUAGUACGUAAAAUCAACUAUUAAAAAUACUAAAAACGAGUUUAUUAUUCACGUAGGAGUAUCGAAAUUGCCUAUAAAAAACGCCUGGCCACUGCACUGCACGGAAAUAAAGGGACAAUCAGUUAUUUUUAACGAGAUAAAACAAAAAUCUAUUCGACAAUAGAGUUAGUUCUAUGGCUAAAAACCAUUACUGUAAACCGUGGUGCGUGAGAACAUCAAACAUAAUAAGAAGUAAAGCAAUCGUUAUAUUUUUUAAUUUGAGUUUUCGAACGAAAUCGAGUACCUAUCAGAUUAAAACGGUAUAACAAUCACACAUAUCCACCGGUUGGCCACGAGACGUUAUAUUAUGAUGAUAAUAACUAUAAUAAUAAUAUGUACCUAAAUAUGUACAUGGUACUUACAGGUGUUAUUUUUUUUUUCAGAAUUUCCUAACGAUGGGUGAAAAAACAAGUAAGAACAAUAGCACUCACGAUGUGGAAGCUAACGCCCUGUCGGAACAACAACAACAGGUGGAAGCCGUGGCCAAAGCUGUGCACGGACAUCCGGUCUCUGAACAUCCGACUACGUGAGUAAUUUGUCUUAAUUUAAAUUUGUAAAAAUGACAUUACACGUUGCCGAAAAUAAAUUAUUUGUUUUAAAUUUGUUAAUAAACAGAAAAAAUAAAAUAAAACACAUAUAGUAUUAAUAAAACCAAUACGCAUUCCUCAUCGGUAGGUUCGAAAUUUAAAAUCGAUGUAACCUUGUGUUUAUUGCAGAUACUGCGAAACGUUAAUGCAUCUCUUAAAAGGCAACAUCGGUUGCGGUAUGCUGGCCAUGGGAGACGCUUUCCGUAACGGAGGUCUCUUGAUGGCACCGAUCCUUACGGUUUUCAUUGGCACCGUAUGCAUAUACAACAAUCAUAUAUUGGUAAGUAUCUGCAGGUAUCUAUCAGAAUCUGUCCAAAGUGUAAUUUUAUCUAGUGCAUGUAAAAUGGCUGGUUGAAGUUCUUCAAGUAAUAUAACUACAUCAUGGCGAUCGACCCAUCGAGUUGCACAUAGAUUUUUUUAGUUUUAAAACGAUUAGUCUGUGGAUAUACUUCUUCUAUUGGCAAUUGAACAUUUUUUAGAUAACCUAAAACGAUAACCGAUAACCAUAGAUCUACCUAUUAUUAUAAUAUACAUAUUACACUGGACUGGACUAGCAUAUUAUUAAUUUGUAUUAUUUGUGUAAACUGUUAAGUGUAAUAACACUUUAUUCUUUUUUCAAACUAUAUAUUAGCAUUUUUUUUUUAUUUCGAAGAUAUUUCGGGGGAGGGAGUUAUAAUCCUCUAACCCUCCCCCCAAAAUACGCCACUGAACAUAAUAUUAUUCGUUCGUGUAUUUUUUUUAGGCGGGUACCUAACUACAUAAUAUCAUCUAUUUUUAUUAUUAUUGUUAUUAUUACAAAGGUAUUUACCCGAUACAAUUUGUUUUAGUAAUUACUUAUACGGAUAUUCGGAUUAGACUUCCAUCUAUAAAAACAAAACAAAACAAAAUAUUACUUGAAUACAGAAUAUACAAUAGUAUUUAUUUGGUAAUUUAUUCUUAAAAUUUAAAAAGAAAAAAAGUGCAAUUAAAUUACAUGGCCAAGCUUAGUUUAUUGAAUAAGAGCUGGCUUUUUUAGAUUCGACUUUUAAAUUCCCACAUGUCGGGUUAGAACGAUUUUAUUAUUUACUACUUAGGGUAUACCACAGUUCCGAGGAUUCGGGAAAGUCGAAACUCGAGAGGUUAAGGUACUCUUAAGCACUUUCAUACCGUUUUCCUCGCUAAUACUAUCAGAUGAUACAACGACUAGACAUGCGUUUUCUGUGGUUCUAGUUAAACGUCGCUCAUAAGCUGAAGAGCCGACUGAAACUCGAACAUUGCCCAACAUUUUCAGAAACGGUCGAACUGUCUUUCGCUACGGGACCCAAGAGCUUACAGAAACACGCGGACGUAUUCAGGUGAAUAUAUUAUAUUUCUUAUCGUAUAAACGGAAUGAUUACCAGCAGCAUAUUAUAAGCGUAGUUUUGAAGUUUUAAACAAACUUUUUUUAUUCAUGAUUUAUGUACUGAUUUUUGUUACUUGACGGUACACUUAUUUUCAAUAUAAUGAAUUGCAUUUAAGUACCUCUUACAAUUUUAACAUAACUGUCAUAAUCGUGCAUUAAAACGGUUGAUUAUAUUUUAGGACUACGGUCAACGUAUUUGUCAUUAUCACUCAGUUGGGAUUUUGUUGCGUAUAUAUAUUGUUUGUGUCCAACUCGAUCAAACAGGUAUGUGUAUUUUAUUUAGAAGACCAAAUAUAUUUAACCAAGGCAAGCACAUCGAAUAAUGUAACGAUAAUUUUUGUUUCUCCCGCAGUUUUGCGAUGAAUACGGUACCGUGUUGGAUAUUCACAUUCAUAUGAUAUUCGCGCUGGUGCCUAUAAUGUCAUGCGCCAUGAUCAGGAAUUUGAAAUUCAUUGCGCCCCUGUCAACGGCCGCCAACAUCUCGAUGGCUAUCGGUCUGGGCAUCAUUUUGUCGUACUGUCUGGUCGAUUUGCCGACCUUGAACUCUCGGACUGCCGUGGCACAUUGGUCACAAAUACCCCUGUUCUUUGGCACGGCCAUUUACGCUUUUGAAGGAAUCAGUCUGGUAAAUAUAUAUACAUAGUACAUAAUAAAAUUGUAAUAAAAUUUUUCUUCAUGGCUAUGAAAUAGAGGACAGCCAAGUAGAGAAUAGGUGUUAUCCAUGUGUUUAUACUGACUAGACAUUCGAUUAUUUUCAACACAACUUUUAACGCGGAUAAACUUAAUAUUCGGAUAUUAUUGAUGAGUAAACACUUUAUUUUAUAAACAAUAUUUGUUUGAUUAGAACAGUUUAUAUGAUUUAUUUUUUUUUAGUAAUCAUGUUAAAUAAAUACUUAAAAAUUAGUUUUCUCAUUGAUAAGUUUAAUGGGGUGACAAAAUAAAAUUUUCCUAGGGGCGGCAAUUGUGUAAAUCUAUCUCUGAUUGGAAUAUAAAUAAAUAUAAUUAUAUUUCCAUAAUAUGCAUUAUAUAUUUAAUUUAUUUAAGCAGCUAGUUACUAGUAACUAGUUGUUUCAAACUAAGUACCAUGUGCUCCAAGCGACUGCUUUCUUCUGUUCACAGGUUUUACCCCUGCAAUUGGAAAUGAAAACACCUAAUAGAUUCGCAUCAACCAUGGGAGUGUUGAACGUGGGUAUGACAAUUGUAACCUUCAUCAUUCUGACCAUGGGUUUUGUGGGAUUCUGGAGAUUUGGCGAUGAAGUAAAAGGCAGUCUCACUCUUAAUCUACCACCCACUCUUAUGUAAAAAAAAAAUACUACCCAAUAAUAAUAAAAUAAACCGCGGUUUUAAAAAUUCAAUUUUUUUUUCACCAGUCUUUCGAAAAUCGUAGUCGGUCUAAUGGUUUUUGCGAUUAUCUGUACUUACACCUUGCAAUUUUAUGUGCCCGUUGCUAUACUAUGGCCUUCAGUACAAGAAAAAUACGGACCGUUCCAAUCGCCCGCUCUGGCCGAGUACCUUUUGCGCGCUCUUCUCGUGUUUGCUACAUGUAAUAUUAAAAUAUAAUAUUUAAAUAAAAUAUUACUUUAAUCUUUUCCUUUCUUUUGGCAGUUUUGGCGGCCGAAGUGAUACCUCAUUUAGCGUUGUUUAUAUCGCUGGUUGGUGCAAUCGCUAGUACAUUCUUGGCACUGAUAUUCCCACCCAUAUGUCAUAUGGUUGUUUGGAAGGACGAAGGAUUCGGUGCAUUCAAUUGGAAACUAUACAUGGAUAUCCUUACCAUAGUCUUAGGUCUGCUAGGGUUUGUUACCGGUACAUACUUCAGUUUAUAUGACAUUGUGGUUGCCUUCAGCAAAGACUUUGGUCUCCAUCAUUAAUCAAACACGUGUAACUAGUAACUCUAUUCACCUAAUAAGCUUAGUAAUUGCACCGUUACGUUUUUAAAUAUAUAAUUAUUAUUUAUUAUAUUAUUAUUUUUGAGUUAAGAGUACAUUUUUAAGUAACAAAUCACAUUACAAUGCUCCACCAAAUUUAGAUCAAAGACUUUUAAUUUGUUUGUAAAUUAUUUUUAUUUUCAAAUAAAAUAAAUUAUUACGUUUUUAAUUAUUCUAAACAAGUAGCAUUUCAAAAAUUAACAAUACCGUUUACAUAUACACUGAAUACAUAAAUAACCUGUAGUUACAAUAUUAUAAUAACAGAAAAUUAAUUUAAUUGGUUUUCUUCGCGGUUAAUUUCUGCUUUGUCGGCGCCGUCAUUUGUAGUACUUUCUGCGGUAUUUCAGUGAAUAUGACCGUACCAACAAACACUAAAAGGGUCCCAAUCCAAUGAUACAAGGUGAAUGGAUUUCUAAAGUACAAUAUACUAAAUAAUAAACUGGCAAAUUUUCGCAAGGUUAUAACCAGCGUUACUGUUAAUGACGAACAUUCAGUUGUCAAGAAAUACACUGAACUUAUGCAUAUAUAUCUGUGAAUCAUUUAGUUAAGAAAAAUAAAAAGCA